GCACACACCGCAAUCAUGUGGCGCGCGACUCGACCUGCCUUGGCCCUGACUGCGGCACUGCGGUCCGUCACGCUGUCGGGAGCGCGAAUGCCCACGAGAGCUCUAAGUGCAGGGCGCUGCUUGGCACGCGCUGAUGGUGGUGCUGACCAACCCCAGGCACAACAGGUGGGAGACGAGGUGGUAAUCCGCCCUUAUCGCCCACCCCGCAAGCCUGAAAACGAUGAUCAACUCCGCGCGCGUCUUGUCUACCAAGCCCGCAAACGUGGCAUCAAAGAAAAUGACCUUAUCUUCAGCACCUUUUGUCACAAGUAUUUGGACCAGCUGAGUCGGCCGCAGAUGGAGCAGCUCGACAUUAUUCUCAAUGAACAUGACAACGAGUGGGACAUGUUCAAUUGGCUCUCCGGCACUCGGCCGGCACCCGAAUAUCUGAAAGAGCUCGAGCUUUUCGGGGCACUCGUCGAUCACACGCAGAACCGGUCCAAGGAGGUGCGCGUCACCAUGCCCCCUCUCAAGCCACCCUCGGACAAGGCUUGAGAGGCUUGGUGGCCCUCGUUUUUUAUGACUGUCUCUUGCCGUGAUGCUCUGCUGCUGCUGCUGCUGAUGAUGAUGAUGAUGAUUGAUGUUGAUGAAGACGCCCGAUUGAUAAUGCAACGCAACUUUGAAAUCCAAAAAAAAAAAAAAA